AUGGUGCUCGCUAACGAACUCAGCGCAUGGAAGAAGCUUCAAAAACACUAUGAUGAUACGGGCCGCAAUCUUGUGAUGAAAGAGCUCUUUCAAAAGGAUGCUGAUCGAUUCAAAAAGUAUUCACGUGAAUUCAAAGGCUCCACGGAUGAUAUGAUGAUCCUACUCGACUUUUCGAAGAAUCGCAUCAACGAUGAUACGCUUGCAUUACUACUUGAUGUUGCUCGUGAAGCCAAGGUCGAGGAGAUGCGUGACAAGAUGUUUGCCGGUGAUCAUAUCAACUUUACCGAAGACCGUGCCGUGUUGCAUGUUGCUUUACGCAACUUGGGUGAUAAGCCAAUCUACGACAAUGGAGAGGAUGUCAUGCCUGAAGUGCGAGAGGUGUUGCAGCAUAUGAAGGAAUUCUCUGACGCUAUCCGAUCGGGCCAAUGGAAGGGAUACACUGGAAAAGCUAUCACGGAUGUUGUCAAUAUUGGUAUUGGUGGUUCUGAUCUUGGACCUGUUAUGGUGACUGAGGCGCUCAAACAUUACGCCAAGCCUGGUUUGCGUGCUCAUUUUGUAUCCAACAUUGAUGGUACACACAUUGCCGAGGUGCUCAAAUCGGUUGAUCCUGAAACGACCCUCUUUAUUGUGGCAAGCAAGACAUUCACCACCCAAGAAACCAUCACCAAUGCCACAUCAGCUAAAAAUUGGUUCUUGAAACAUGCUGGAGGCGAGAUUGCUCAUGUUGCCAAGCAUUUUGUGGCUCUUUCCACCAAUACAGCUGCUGUUCAAGAAUUUGGUAUUGAUCCAAAGAACAUGUUCAAGUUUUGGGAUUGGGUUGGUGGACGCUAUUCGCUAUGGUCAGCCAUUGGUCUUUCAAUUGCCAUUUACAUUGGAUUUGACAACUUUAAAGAGCUGCUGCGAGGUGCCUAUGAGAUGGAUCAGCAUUUCCUCAACACGCCACUCGAGAACAACAUUCCUGUUUUGAUGGCAUUGAUGGGUGUAUGGUACAACAACUUUUUCGGGGCGGAAACAGAAGCCAUUUUACCCUAUGAUCAAUACAUGCAUCGUUUCCCUGCAUACUUUCAACAAGGUGAUAUGGAGUCGAAUGGCAAGUAUGUGUCACGUUCGGGCAAGCGAGUCAAGACGUCGACGGGUCCUAUCAUUUGGGGUGAACCUGGCACCAAUGGACAACAUGCAUUCUAUCAGCUCAUUCAUCAAGGCACCAAGUUGAUCCCUUGCGACUUUUUGGCACCUAUUGAGACGCUGAAUCCAAUCGAACAUGGGAAGCACCAUGAUAUUUUGCUGUCCAACUUUUUUGCACAACCUGAAGCAUUGAUGGUGGGUAAAACGGAGGAACAAGUGCGCAAGGAAAUGGGAUCCAAGGCAACCGACAACAUUGUUCCCCAUCGUAUCUUUUUGGGUAAUAAGCCAACCAACUCGAUCCUCUUUCAACGAUUGACGCCCUCGUCACUUGGUGCACUGAUAGCCAUGUAUGAACACAAGAUCUUCACUCAAGGUGUGAUUUGGGAUAUCAACUCGUUUGAUCAAUGGGGCGUGGAGCUCGGCAAACAACUAGCCAAGGUGAUUCAACCUGAAUUGACAAAGAAAGGCGACAUUUCCAGCCAUGAUGCAUCCACCAAUGGUCUCAUCAAUCUUUACAAGAAGCGUAAACAAAGCUAUGAGUAA